CAUACACAUACAUGUCUACUACCAUGACUACUACACCUAACAUUGAUUCAACCUUGCAAAACUCUACUUUGAACAGAGUCGUAGAUUCUAGUUCAAGUAGUUGCAAGAUGUACAAAGGUGUGAGGAAGAGGAAAUGGGGCAAAUGGGUAUCGGAGAUUAGGCUUCCCAACAGCCGAGAACGGAUAUGGUUGGGUUCUUAUGACACCCAACAAAAGGCGGCUAGAGCCUUCGACGCCGCCCUCUACUGCCUUCGCGGCCGCCACGCCAGUUUCAACUUCCCCGACACGCCUCUUCAUUUGGAGAUCAACAAUGUAAGUCACUACCAUUCUCUCUCCCACCAUGAAAUUCAACAAGUUGCGUCCAAAUUCGCCAAUAAUUUUGAUGCUGAGGAAGAAGAGGAACCGUCAUCACAAAAUGGCGCUAAUAGUGCAAGCUCUGUGUGUGAUUAUGAUGGGAGUAAUAAUAAUAAUGAUAAUAACAACAACAAUGAUAAUAAUAACGUGCAAGUGGACCAUGGGGACAUGGAUUGGACAUUUUUGAACGUGUUGGAUGAUCAAAAUGAUUCCAAUUUUGAUAACACUAUUGGCUAUGAUUUUGGCCUCUACUAUGGAGGGAUAGAUAAGGUGCACUCAGGUGAGUUUUUGUAUACUACUACACCACCAACAACUUUUGAGGAUAACAAUAAUGGUGAUGCUGAUGAUGAUGCUCUUUCUAACCAUUCAUUCCUUUGGAGUUGGAAUUUUUGAUUCACCUUGCAGGCCCUAAAUCCCUCAUACACUAUGCCAAGUUUCUUAAUUAUCAGUACAAGUAUCUUUGUUUUUUUUUUUACAUCAUAUAUAUAUAUACUAUAAUAUAUAGUACCAUACCACAUGUCAUUGGUAUUAUUGUGGAACGUGGCCAAGUUUUUUUAGUGCCAUUUUUUUUAGUCUGAUUAAUAGCACUUUGAUCCGGCCCUCUCCCUUAAAAAAUACCAACAAUAUCUGAUAAGAUACCUACUUAUGAUUUCUAUUCUAGUGAUAUGUAUUUGACUAGUUGUACUAGUACUAUAUUAUAAUGAUUUGUACUUAUGAUAAACUACUAUAUUGUAAACUAUAUACGUAUACUUUUUUUGUU